UAUUGAGAGUAUGCUCUUGCUGUGUUCUUUCAGCUGUCAUUUUAUUCGUAAGCUGUCAUGGAUAUACAUACAUGGUACCAAUAGAAUUUGGUAAUGAAUGCAUCGAUGAUAACUCAAUCAGCUAUUCUGUGGGAUCCGUGUGGUAUGAUGAAAAGCAAUGCGAAAAACUGCAAUGCAUAGAAGAACGAGGUGGUCUUUAUAUCCUGGCUUAUGGUUGCUCCACCAUUGCACCACAUAAGGGAUGCAGCAUUGUACCAGGAAGUAAAGAAAACUAUCCCAAAUGCUGCCCUGAUAUGGAAUGUCCUCCUGGAAUGGAGUGAUCAUUAAAAGUCCUCAUUUUUAGACAAGGUUGUAUGCGAAUUGAACCAAGAAUAUGUGAAAGAACUUUCCAAAAUAAGAUUUAUGAUUAAGCAGAGAAAUGUAAAA